GAGGGGCGCAGUGUGGUCGCCGCCGCCCUCACCCUCUCCUCCCGCUGCUCCGCCGCCGCGCGCUUCCUCUCCGGCGAGGCCUGGGCUAGCCGGCGGGACGCGCUCUUCUCGCGCGCGAGAGAGGGAGGCCGCGGGCGCGGGGGGAGGGGAGGGAGAGAGAGAGAGAGAGGGAGGGGAGCGAGAGAUUCUUCCUCGAGCCCGCGUCCAACCUUCGAGAAUGGUGGAUUGGGCUAGCGAUAGCGACGAUGACAGCAAGUUCUGUUGGCAUGAUGAUGGUGAGGCCGAGCCCUCAUCUGCUGCAGCAUUGAGGAACGCGGAUGCUCCUGGUCCGUCCACAAGACCGAGGGAGGAUGCUAAUGGGAAGGCCAAUGGUUCAGCACCACCAGCUUUGGUUGCCGACUUCAUGGGAAUGGGCUUCCCAAAGGAAAUGGUCUUGAAAGCCAUCAAAGAGAUUGGGGAUACAGAUACAGAGCAAUUGCUCGAGUUGCUUCUCACUUAUCAGGCGAUAGGCGGUGACCCUUCAGUGGGUAAUUGCUCUGCUUCUACCUCUACCCCCCAGGUUAUUGAAGAAGAAGAAGAAGAUGAUGAUGAUGAUGAUGUUAAUUGGGAAGAAGAUGAUGCUGCGGGUAACUGUGCCAGGGCUCCUGACUCUGAUGGUUCUGGUGAUGAGGAUUUCCUACAAGAGAUGUCAGAGAAUGAUGAGAAAAUCAAAACUUUAGUCAGAAUGGGGUUUCCUGAAGAUGAAGCAAAGAUGGCCAUAACUAGAUGCGGUCUCGAUGCAUCUGUAGAUACAUUGGCUGAUUCAAUCUUUGCAUCACAGACUGCAGGGAAUGGGUACUCUGCAAACUCAUCUGAAUAUGAGGAUACAGAGUUCAGUUCCUUUGGAGGAAGAAAGAAAACAAUAUUCAUGAAUGGGAACAAGAAAAAGAGAAAGCGGUAUGGAAGUGGGCCACAAGGGAGUCAACUGCCAUUUGAUGGCAGCCAUGAAGAGUCAAUGCCUCUUCCAAAUCCAAUGGUGGGAUUCAGUUUGCCAAGUGACAGAUUACGGUCAGUCCACAGAAACCUUCCUGAUCAAGCAUUUGGACCACCGUUCUUUUACUACGAGAACGUGGCCCUUGCUCCAAAAGGUGUAUGGGCGACCAUCUCUAGGUUCUUGUAUGAUAUUCAGCCUGAGUUUGUAGAUUCCAAGUACUUCUGUGCUGCUGCUAGGAAACGGGGUUACAUUCAUAACCUGCCAAUUGAGAACAGGACACCCGUUCUUCCUAUUCCACCCAAAACUAUAUCUGAAGCCUUUCCUAAUACUAAGAGGUGGUGGCCUUCCUGGGAUCCAAGAAGGCAGUUCAACUGCUUGCAAACUUGUGUGGCAAGCGCGAAGCUUACAGAAAGAAUUCGUUGUGCUCUUGGUAGCGUCGGUGAUGCACCACCCCCCCAAGUUCAAAAGUACGUUCUGGAAGAAUGUAGGAAGUGGAACCUUGUUUGGGUUGGAAAGAACAAGGUUGCUCCUCUAGAGCCUGAUGAGAUGGAGUUCCUAUUGGGAUACCCUAGGAACCACACUAGGGGAGUUAGCAGGACAGAGAGAUAUAGAGCUCUUGGGAAUUCAUUCCAAGUUGAUACAGUUGCAUACCAUCUCUCGGUGCUGAGAGAGAUGUUUCCUACUGGCAUGAAUGUUCUGUCCUUGUUUUCUGGUAUAGGAGGAGCAGAGGUAGCUCUCCACAGACUCGGCAUCCGCAUGAAAGCAGUGGUAUCAGUUGAGAAAUCAGAAGUGAACCGAACGGUUCUGAAGAGCUGGUGGGAUCAGACACAAACUGGCACGCUGAUUGAAAUCGCUGAUGUGAGGACUCUUACUCCUGACAGAAUAGAAUCAUUCAUCAGAAGAUUUGGGGGCUUUGACCUAGUGAUCGGGGGCAGUCCAUGCAACAACCUUGCUGGCAGCAACCGUCACCACCGUGAUGGUUUGGAGGGCGAGCACUCCGCACUAUUCUAUGACUAUUUCAGAAUCCUGGAUAGUGUAAAGACAUCUAUGGCAGGGAUGUAAACUAAAUUAUCCAAUUAACUGUUAGUUCUGUGAUUUAUUGUUACUAACAAAGUUAGAACCUGUUGGUUGAUCUUUGUGCCACAUUUAAUAUGCAAAUCUGGCUGCUCAAUUGCUGUUCUGAAGUGUUUCUGAUGGUUACCAUCAUUACUCCUUUGAAUGCAUUUUAGUGAACAAGCUUUUGUAAUGAGUGCAAGGUGCACUGGAGGUCCUAGAGCUUGGAGAAGACUUGACAUAUUUUCUGGUUCUCUUAUGGUUUAGUAGUUCCUGUUUUACGAAAUGAGAGUUCAUAGAUUGCAACCUGGUAGUGGUCAACCUCUAUUUGGUUGAUACAUGCAGAAACAAACUUAUGAUUCUGUGAUUUCUUGUAACAGUACGAUUUAUCUCUGCAGAUUGUUGAUUGUUGAACUUUAUAUAAUUCGAUGGUGA